GUGUGGCCUAGCCGUCUAGGAUGAAGUGGAACCUGUUCAAGAAGAAGCCUGAAGCCAUGGUCGGACCGGAGCCCACUGGGGCCGCUGUCUUAACUGUUGCCCCUGGCCCCGUGGCCUCCACCGCAGCUGACAACUCCACAGAGGCCGUCAAAAACGGCGAUUUUGACGACAUCAAGAAUAAGUUCCUCAACGAGAUUGACAAGAUCCCAUUGCCAUCAUGGGCCAUCAUCGCCAUUGCAGUGGUAGCUGCUAUCCUGAUUCUCACUUGCUGCUUCUGCAUCGUUAAGAAGUGCUGUUGCAAGAAGAAGAAGAACAAGAAGGGCAAGAAAGGGAAGGGGGAAAUGGGCAUGACGAACAUGAAAGGAGGAGAGAAACAGGACGACGAUGAUUAUGAUGAAGAUGAUGCUGAGACUGGUAUGACUGGAGAUGAGAAAGAGGAAGAGGUGAAGGAGAAAGAAAAGCUUGGGAAGCUUCAGUAUUCCAUAGAUUACGACUUCCAGGACAACAAGCUCACAGUGGGCCUCCUCCAAGCAGCUGAUCUCCUCUCCAUGGACAGCGGUGGCACCUCUGACCCAUAUGUCAAGGUCUAUGUCCUCCCAGACAAGAAGAAGCAUUUUACCACCAAGGUGCACAAGAAGACGCUGAACCCUACCUUCAAUGAGACCUUUGUUUUCAAGAUUCCAUUCCAAGAGAUGGGUGGCAAGACUUUGGUCAUGCAGGUCUUUGACUUUGACCGCUUCUCUAAGCAUGACGUCAUUGGAGAGGUGAAACUACCCUUGCACAAACUGGACCUAGCCCAGCCACUGGAGGAGUGGAGGGACCUGGACAGUGCAGAGAAAGAAGAGCAAGAGAAGCUGGGAGAUAUCUGCAUCUCUCUGCGCUACGUGCCCACUGCUGGGAAACUUACCAUCUGCAUCCUGGAGGCCAAGAACCUCAAGAAGAUGGACGUGGGAGGACUGUCAGAUCCCUAUGUGAAGAUCAACUUGAUGCAGAACGGCAAGCGUCUGAAGAAGAAGAAGACCACGGUGAAGAAGAACACUCUGAAUCCAUACUACAAUGAGUCCUUCAGCUUUGAGAUCCCUAUUGAGCAGAUGCAGAAAAUCCAAGCUGUGGUCACAGUGCUGGAUUAUGACAAGAUCGGUAAAAACGACGCCAUCGGGAAGAUCUGGGUGGGCAGCAAGGCGACUGGCACCCAGCUGAAGCACUGGUCCGACAUGCUGGCCAACCCUCGCCGCCCCAUCGCCCAGUGGCAUCCACUGCAGCCCGAGGAGGAGAUUGAUGCUUCGCUGGCAGCCCUGAACGCCAAGAAGUAAACCUUCUCUACCCACUAACACCCACACCCAAACCUACCCAUCCUCCUCAGUCCUGGUCCUACACAUCUCCCAAUACUACAUUCCAAACCAACACACCAACCAAUUCUACACCCUACACCACAGAUACCUACCUAUAUCCCAAUUGACAUGAUCAAAAAAUAAUAGAAAAGAAAAGCAUCAUUCCACAAGGAGACAGUCACAAGAUCACUCAAUUGAUGUUUAUAUUGGGGUUGCAGUUAGUUACAUUGUGUCAUGAGGAUAGGAGCCUAGAGUGUGAAAACAGUGGUCCAAUGUGAUGGAGGAUUAGGGAAGUAAAACCACACAUUCACUCAUUUUGUACCUUUCCCUCCCCUCCCCUUAGAGCCACCGUUGCUUCAAUACUGCUUAAUACUUAAAAUGCUUUAUACUGCCAUGUAAUAGAGGAAAAACACAAGCAGGUUCAUUCCUUGGGUGUAUUGUUGCACCAUGCUCCACACCUGCCAGUUACUUACUACAUACUAGAUAUGAUUCCAUUAGUUUGAACUACAUUCCUAGAGUUGGGUAAAGAGUAGAGAUAGACAAUAUCCAGUUACCCCACACUGUUAACACACUGCCUUUUUGAUUAUUAGCUCAUCUGCUCACCCAUAUUCUCAGGUACACUGAGAGAAAACUGAAACUUCAUGCCUUUUUUACUAAACGGGUUGUUAUUCAAAAUGCUCCGCAACAUGAUCAGAGAAUAAUGUUUUUGAUGAUUUUAAAAUCUCAGUCUGGUGCUGGAUUGGUUUAUUUUUCCAUAAUCUAAGACUAGUCUAAAUUUAUCACUGAAAUGGCAACAGGAGAGUCUCUCGAGUGUCUCUCAAUAACACCGUUUGUGGCUGUCAGUCAACAGAGUUGAGAUGUGAAAUAUGUUUAGGAUAAAGGGACUAUGAGCCACUGUAAGUGUCUAUCAUGGCCCAUGUUGGGAAA